CUGUCCGGUGACUUUUUAAUCAUCUAAAUCUAGUAAUUGAUACGUAUUUGAACAUAUGACUGAUUACGUGAACUAGUUAUAGCCAAUUCUGUUCGGAUACUAACCUCAUCUCUGCUGCGGGGGUCGUGUUGUAGCAAAGAGGAGAGCUAGCUUUUGAAGCUAGUGCCCAUGCGUCCAUUAUCGGACACCAAAGAUGGACGGUGAAUCUGCAGUCCUGUAUACGAAACAGGAGAACGAGCUUUCCAUCAUGAAUUGCGACAUAGAUGGAGACAUGGAGAACCAGGUGGAGAUGGAGGAAAAGACAAGGUUAAUAAAUCAGGUUCUGGAGCUUCAGCACACGCUGGAAGACCUGUCAGCGCGAGUCGAUGCAGUCAAGGAGGAGAACCUGAAGUUAAAGUCCGAGAACCAGGUCCUUGGUCAGUACAUCGAGAACCUCAUGUCGGCCUCCAGCGUCUUCCAGACCACCGACACUAAGAGCAAACGGAAGUGAGGCAUCAUGGGGGGGAUGGGGAGCCUCUGAGAAGAAAUCCACCAUGGAAAGUGGUUUUUGUUUUCUCUGCUUCUGUGUUUGAGCUCCGUUAACUGAGUCUAAACUCUUUAAAACAAAACUUAAACUGACUCUGUCACCUUCUCAACCAGUUCAGAAGUAGAUCCAUUUCCUAUUGGCAUGGCCCAGGUCUGUUCAGAUGAGGUAGACUCAACCCUUUAAUCGCUAACAAAAACACAGAGUAUGUACUGUAUAAUAUGAAAUAUUUAAGUGUCAUUUGUACCUCAAGUUUCUUUUUGAUGCUUUCUGUCCAGAGGAGCAUCUUUGCUGUAUAAUCUGCUUUUCUGACUUUUUUCUGAGGUUUUUCCCCAACUUUCUCACAUUCCCAAUGUGUAAAUUUGCAAAAACAAACCACGGAUAUCACAAGUAGUGUUUGACCACGACGCUCACUGUUAACACAGAUUGAUUUAAUUUACUUUUGUAAAGUAUUUUGUAUGUUGGCUGGAUCUGGAAGUUUUUGUUAGCUCUCAGAUGUCAUCGUUUGUGCAUAGAAAGCAUGACUGUAUUCCUCCACCUAAAAGCUGGAGAACUGAACAGUGUUACUGAAAACGUAAACAUAUGACAUGUACGAGUAAUACAUAUCUUGAAUGGUUUUCUUUUUGUUGUACAGUUUAGCAAAUGUAAUAAAACGCUGUUAAAUUAUUAGCCUUUGUAACGGGGGAGUGUGUACGGCUAGGUGAAUGCCACUGUUGAUACAUAAUAUGAUACACGAUAUUGGACAGAGGUCAGUCAAAAUCACUGGAUAAUAAGAGAAAUGUGCCAGCAGCAUUAUUACCGAGUCAUGAUGUUGUGGGCUGUCAAAAUCUUUAUUAUGGAGGCAGAAUAUUUGUUAUACAGUUGGGGCAUUAUGUUUUAAAAUGUCUGGUUAUACUGUCUUUUAACACCUUAGAUGUAAAACAAUUUCUGUAUCUAAAAAUAUUAUCGGAGGUUGUCAGAGUUGAGUUUAGUUUCAGAGUAAUUGCAUACUCUUACAAACAUACUUAAUGGGUAGUUUAUUCCAUUUCUGCCGAUAAACACUCCUGAAAGUUACAUACCGGACCUUUAAAGUCGGUGUCUUUUGUUAUUGCAAGUGGCUGAGUUUCAAAUCACCAUGAAAACAGGGUUUGGUUGUUGUGCUUGAGAGUAUGAAGUCAAACAUGACUUUAAAGCAAGGCUGAGUAAAUGCAUUUAAAUUUUCUAUGGUGGCAUUGCACCACCACAAACCUUGCAUAUAAAUUACAGCUUCAUGCAUGAGGACAUUUUUUGAAACAAAUCUGUGUUAACCGAAAAGAUAGAAUUGGGGAAAGUUCCUUUUUUGUGUGAUUUAGGGCCCAAGUUUGUGUCCAUCUCCCAUGAUAAGGAUGGCGAGUCGGGUCUAAAUGCCCCGAAGAAGAAGUGAGCACUAGAGGCUUUAAGUGCUAUUGAUCCACUCUGGCCUGACAGAGGAUGGUUCUGACCGUAAAAUGAGAUGAUGUCCUGAUCAUGGCGCAGAGCGGAGGGCGUGUCCUCUGCUGCUUCAGUUAAAAACAAGAUGUAACAUAAUCUGAUCAUGCUUUUAUUAUUCCCUUUUAACUGUCAGGUAUUGAACAGACUCAUGUCUUGAGAGCAGUUACUCGCAUGAAAAAAUCAAGCAACUCUGCAAAAUGGAAGAACUGGUAAAUUUACAGGAGGUUUUGAAUUAUUUAUAUGCUGUAAUCUAUUGAGGUUAUUUGAACAGUUGUACAGUAGUAAAUCAUUAACGUCUGACAGAACAUGCUGAACAUUACCCACCUAUACACACUGAUACCAUCUCACCCUGCAUCUUUGCCUUUUUAAAUGUUUUUGUUUUAAUAAAAUCCUAAGAUCACUCA